CUUGAGAAAUGCGGAGGAAAAGAAAAUGCCGUGGCCAAAGAGGCGUAAGCAGAAAAAACGGAGAGCCAAACAGAAGAACCUAAAAGCCACAUCAUCUCGCUCCUCACCACCACCGCCAUCGCCGCCGUGGGUGGAGCUUCCUCUGGAAAUCACGGAAGACAUUUUGCAGCGGGUGGGAGUGAUAGAUAUACUGAACAAUGCUCAGAGAGUUUGUAGUACGUGGUGGAAGGUGUGCCAUGACCCCGCUAUGUGGCGAGUCAUUAACAUGAUAAAUGAUGUAAAUAGCGACUUGCGCUAUGACUUGGAUAAGAUUGAGAUGUGUAAGGUCGCCGUGGAUCGUAGCCAAGGCCAGUUACUCAAAAUUAACAUAGAGAAUAUUGGCGAAAUCGACUUGUUCAACCAUAUUGCUGAGAGAUCAAGUCAGCUCAGACAUAUUAGACUUGUUAGGUGUCAUUGUAUCUUAUUCGGAUGUUUGGCUGCAGCUGCUAAGAACUUCCCUCUGUUGGAGGAGUUGCAUCUAUACUUCUCUGUUAUUAGCCACAAUGAUAUGGAAGUUAUUGGUCAUUCUUGCCCUAUACUCAAGUCAUUUACAUCGAAUGCCUAUGGAUUUCUAGGAUUUAGUCCUCCGCGUUAUCUAUGUGAUGAUCAAGCUCUAGCUGUUGCCAGAAGUAUGCCUGAACUGCGGCACCUGAUGCUCUUUGGAAAUAUCUUGACAAAUGAAGGCCUGCAGGCCAUUCUUGAUGGCUGUCCACACCUUGAAUCGCUGGAUGUACGCCACUGUUAUAAUCUCAAUCUUGAAGGGGAUUUAGGAAGAAGAUGUAAACAACAGAUUGUCGAUCUAAAGCUCCCUCAUGAUUCCACUUAUGGUUAUCAAUUCGAUGCUGACAUAUUUGAUCAUUCAAUUCGUGGUGCUGACUACUCAGAUCAAAGUAGUGAUUAUUCUGUAUCUGAUGAUGACUUCCAUUGGUUAUCUGAUACCAGCGUUGGCCAUCAGGACCAUGAUGAUUAUAAUGACUACUACGACUAAAUCCAUUUAGCAGCAAGUAUCCGGACGAAAAUGUUGUCUUUUACGAAGGUCAUAUUCAAACCGAAAAUCACUGAUGAACAGGCGCGGUAUUUUGCAGGUUUUGGUUGCUUUUGCGUUAUCAUGACAUCCUUUUGCUACAGUAACAGGUAAGGAAAAUGAAAAGACUUGGUAUUGCAAAUUGCCAUGGCAUAGUAUGCGAAGGCUUGGUUGAAGUAGUUAAAAAGCUCCCAUUGUUAAAAAGUUUAGUCUGACACACACACACACAGCUAUCACAAUAGAAGGCAUUGAAGCUCUUGGCCACAGUUGAAGUCUUUUGAAUUGAAUAACAUAAUUUAUGAAGUAGAUGAAAGAAAUGAAGUUGGCCACAGCUCUAGCUAUUGCUGAAAACCUAUCAGCCUUGCACCACCUACAGUAUGACAAAUCAAGGCGUACAAGCUAUUUUGAUACUUGUCCUAAUCUUGUAUUCACUGGUCCUGCGGCGGUGCUUUAAUGUUAGCCACAACGAUGUCUUGAGUAGCAAAAUUUCUUGACAGAUUAAAGAUGUGAAGCUCUAAAAAGUUUAAUAUUAUUUGAGGCUUAAGGGGUUGUUUGGUGCAACAGUGGGAUAUCCCAUGGAAUUAGGGGUGUGCAUUCGAUUUAUCGAUUCGAUUUUGACCCUUAUCGAUAAUUAUUUA